GCAGCUCUCGCGCUGAAGAGCAAUCAACUCUUUCCCUUCCAAUAUCCACCCAUCCCCCAUAAAUACCAUGCUGUGUGCAAUCUCGGGAGAGGCACCACAAGUGCCCGUCGUCUCGCCCAAGAGCGGCAGCGUGUUCGAGAAGCGGCUCAUCGAAGCAUACAUCGCCGAGAACGGAAAAGAUCCUGUAAACGGGGAGGAUCUCUCUACCGACGACCUGAUCGAGGUCAAGUCCCAGCGCGUUGUCCGCCCCCGACCUCCUACGCUCACAUCGAUCCCUUCACUACUCAAUGUGUUCCAAGAGGAAUGGGACGCUCUGGCCUUGGAGACAUAUACACUGCGACAGACUUUGGCGCAAACGCGCCAGGAGCUUAGUACAGCUCUCUACCAGAAUGAUGCGGCCGUCCGCGUGAUCGCGCGAUUGACCAAAGAGCGAGACGAAGCCCGUGAUGCGCUCUCUAAGGUGUCCGUCGGCGCUACUCGGACCGGUGCUGGUGGUGGUGAAGCAAUGCAGGUUGACUCAAAUUCCCUGCCUGAGGCAGUAUUGUCACGUGUUGAGAGUACACAAGCAGCACUCUCUAAGACUCGCCGUAAGCGCCCUGUCCCAGAGGGUUGGGCGACCAGCGAUGAUAUUUCCACAUACAAACCCGCUCAAAGCAGCGAGCCUCUCUAUCCCGGUGGCAAGGCACUGUCCGUUAAUGCUUCCGGAGACCUCGCGCUUGUUGGAGGUACUGAUGGUGCUGUUGGUGUCUACUCUCUAUCCCAGAAGCAGGUUGUUCAAAGCCUCCAAGCGAUUGGCUCCGUUACCGAUGCUGUCUGGGCAGGUGAUAAGGCCGUCAUCGCCUCGUCUACUGGCUCUGUGAAAGUUUUCGAGAACGGCAAUGAAGUCGCUGAGUUUAAGUCUCAUGCUGGCGCAGCCACGGCGCUCGCUGUUCAUGCCACUGGCGACAUCGUCGCUUCCGUUGGCGCUGAUAAGAGUUAUGUGCUUUACGACCUGACGACAAGCUCCGUGAUUACCCAGAUCUUCAGUGAUGCAUCUCUUCUUUCCGUGAAGUUCCACCCUGAUGGCCAUCUUAUUGCUGCCGGUGGCAUGGAUGGCCAGGUCAAGAUCUUUGAUGUCAAGUCUGGCUCUCCUGCCGCCAAUUUCGCACUUUCUGCGCCCGUCAAGUGCCUGUUCUUCUCUGAGAAUGGUACCUUCAUGGCUGCAGUCGCCGAAAACUCUACAGUCGUCUCUAUCUGGGAUCUUCGCAGCGCACAGGAAGUCAAGGCUCUGGAGACCGGUAGCCAGAUUGACUCUAUCAGCUGGGAUUACACUGGGCAGUUCCUACUCACCGGCGGACCUAGCGGGUUGACCGUCCAGCAGUACAGCAAGGCAUCUAAGUCAUGGUCAGAGCCCCUGCGCAGCGCUGUGCCUUCGGCUGCUGUGGCGUGGGGUGCUGCGGCUCAGAGUGUUGUGGCUCUGAACCGUGACGGUGGAAUCACAGUGUUGGCGGCAUAGUAAUAAUGAUACCUUGUUUCAGGAAAAAGCAAAGCAAUUAUUUUGUACUUUUAGUUCUUGAAAUUAUCCAUGCCGUUUUGCACCCAACCCUCACUGUUGGGAGAAACGAAAAUGAAAGAAUAGAAGACAAUAAAUUACUGUCAUUGAUUUGAUCCGUGUUACAUGAAAUUCAACCCAUACCAGAACCUGUCACAUUAUUAGCGUCUCCU